CUAGUAUUAGUUAACAUGGAAUCUAAACGUGAAAAUAUGGACAUCAUGUUAGCACUAGGAGAAGAAGAACUUCAAAACCUAAGUCAAGACCUGAAGGAAAUUAGGGAUCUCGGAGAAAUUCUGACUACCUUACACGAUGAUCAAGCACAGCUCAAUAUUUGUAAGGUUCAGAUUGCCCGAAUGGACGGUAUGUGGGAUAAGUUUUGCACAGUAUUCCGUAAUACAAAGGAAUAUGCCAAAUUGAUUAAUGUGGAUACCCCCUCAUUAGAUACGCUAAGGCAAACGACAAAAGCCUACUGGUUCGAAGCUUUGUCCUUUCAAGAGUCAUUAUUUCGAAGGUCCCGCCAAAUACCAUUUCUACAUACAAGGACGAAUUCGACAAUGUAUGCCAGGAAAGGUCAAGUUCGCAUGGUCAAGGUGCAGAACAAACACUAUGACUCGGACGACGAGGACCUGUCCUGCGGGCACUGGUGCGAGUACGUUCUCGUCGUGAUCCUUUCAUCUGUCCUCCUGGUCGCCUCUCUCGUUCUCGUCCUCUUCUGGUGCCUGUACUACAGAAAAGGUUAUGCCUGGAACGAAAAUCCAAAGGUACAGUUCAACCUUCACCCGACGCUCAUGGUCGCAGGGUUCAUCUUCUUCAGCGGAUUCUCUAUGCUGCUGUACAGGAUCAGUAGAUGCUGCCGAAGGAUCUACGUCAAACUGCUGCACACUGUGUUCCACGCCUUGGCGAUACCCUGCGUCGUCCUCGGAUUCAUGGCGGUUCUCGACUCUCAUAAUCUAGCCGACCCGCCCGUUCCAAACUUUUAUUCCAUUCAUUCUUGGAUGGGGUUCGUCACAAUGGGGCUCUUCGCACUUCAGUUUGUCGUUGGCUUCUUCAGUUUUCUUCUGCUGAUGUGCUGCGACAGCUCGACAGCCAACUUCAGAGCAUCCCUCGUUCCGAUCCAUGCUACAUUCGGCCUCACUACAUUCGUGCUAGCGGUAGCGACCUGCCUGACAGGCCUGUCGGAAGAGGCGUACUUAAAUUUUGGGAUUAACUAUACUCUAUGGCCUGAAGAAGGAAUCAUCAUGAAUGCACUUGCCAUGGUUCUAGUCGCAUUAGCCAUCUUGGUCUCGUAUGCUGUACGAAGGGAACCCCUUCGCGUCAACUCUACUUGCUAUGUAUCAGAAAGGUUAUAGGGAAAGGUCGAGCCGUUGGGGGAAGCUCCACCGGCCAGGUUCUAACAGCCUCAUAGGACAAGAAAACAAAUCAAUCACCAGAACCAGUUCAGACAGAUUACAUUUGCGAUGGGGGGGAGGGAAGAGGGCAAUCAGGGGAUUUACAUAAGUUUUGAUCAGACGAUCUCGCUUGUCGCGCAUUCCAUUGGGAAAGAUACUUUUUUUCGACUGGGCUGCUUGAUGGUGUGAGCUGCAAGGGAGAAACGAGCGAACUGCACUCGGGUGGGAGAAAAAUUGCGUAUCUCUUCAACAAAUUGAGACAAUCCGUUAGACUUGUAGUGCAGGAUAAGAAAUUUAAAAUGAAAUUAUCAAUUUAUCACAUGUUUUUUAAACGCCACAACUUGUAAUUUAUUAAUUUUUAAGGAAAAUCAAUUGAAUUUCAAUUAAAAAAUAAAAAAUGUAAAAAAAAAAUAAAAAAUUUAAAAAAUAAAAUAAGAAGAAGAAGCCGUGUUUUACUUGCUCAGUGUGUCAUUAGACACAAAAGCCCUAUUUAUUGGCAGAAUAAAGUUUUAAAAAGUUGAACACCUCAAUAAAAACAAAAUUUAGAAAUCGUUAUUUCAUUUUUAUAAUCGUUUAAGCUUGAAGCUCAUUAUUUUAUUGUCUAUUGUCAUUCUUGUAUCUUCUUUGCUGGUUAAUUCUUAUACCCUGAGUAUUUGUUUUAUAAUAUAGUGUAAGAAAUUUUGUCUAAUCAUUUCGUAAAAAAAAUCAAAGAAGAUUUUAUGACUUUGUGAUCAGUUGAGUUUGGGAGGCGCCCAGAACACGCAAAGACUUUUUGAUACAGUAUUAAAAGCCAUUUAAUUUUAUACUUUUCCACAGUCGUUAGCAAAAUGUCCCUUUGUGGGUUUUUCUACAAACAAAAAAAAAACCCACAAAAAUGUAACAAUUUCUAUUGUAAGUAGAAUAAAUUGUAUAUUUAUAGGAAUGAAAUGAUACAAAUUAUAUUAUAUACAUAAAUAUAUAUGAAAUUAUAUAUUAAUCUCAAAUUUUUUUAUACUCAAGAUGUGUUGUGAACCACUUUGUGUGAAGCCAUCGAUCGAUAUUUGUAAGCUAUGUUCAGAGACGAAUUUUACUAACUAGUUAGCCAAAUUCAACAAAACAAUUUUUGUUUUAUUGGCCGGCCAAGCUCGUUUUGUAUUGAAUAAUUGUCUGUGUCUGAGGACGAAAAAUAAUCCCAAAUUUAAAAAGGCACCGAAUCAAUUUUUUUUCUGAAUUGUAGAAAAUUUUAUAUGGCCCAUACAAAGUUGUGUUCAUCUUAUUUCGAAAAAAGGACCAUUUCUCAUUUAUUAAAGAAAAAUAGCUCUAAUAGAUGGAAAAAAAUAGCAAGGUAGAUUUGUGUGGAAUCCUUUUCUAGAAAGGAUUUAACUAUCGAUAAACUUUUCAAUUAUUCUGCAUGUGAUACUCUCUGUUAAAUAACAUUAAAAAGUAAACUUUAAAAAUUAAAUCGAAUGAUUGUUUAUUAUAUUAAAAUAGUUUAAAACUCAGGAUGGAAUUUACAAAAUACAGAUUGAGACUAAAUUUUGUUGAUUGAUUUGUAGAUUUUAAUGAUUUGUUUCAGCAGGAAAAAAGUGUAAAUAACCUAAAUGAAAUGGACAAAAAAAUAUUAAGAAAUUAUUUUAUUGUUAAACUGGAAAACAAGUUUUUAUUUAUAAGAUAUGAAUGUUAUGCGUUGUGUAUAUCUAUAAUUAAUUGUUUGAGGAGAAAUAAAAAUGUAUAAAAUGUGAA